GAGCAGGGCGCCGAGGGCCCGGCCGCGCCCCCCGCCCCGGGGGCCCGCAAAGACCCCCUCAGCCGCAAGGCCGACAUGCUGGUGCGGUUCCUGCUGGAGAAGCACGCCAGCAAGGAGCCCAUCACGCGGGCCGCGCUGCUGAAGAUCGUCAGCAGGAAGUACGAGGCGCACUGGGCCGAGAUCCUCAGGCGCACCUCGGAGCGCCUGCAGCUGCUCUUCGGCCUCGAGCUCCGGGAGGGCGACGCCGGCGGCCGGGCCUACGAGCUGGUCAGCAAGCCGGGCCUGGAGGGCGACGGCGGCGACAAGGGGCCGCCCAAGAGCAGCCUGGUCAUGGCGCUGCUGGGCGUGAUCUUCAUGAAGGGCAACCGCGCCAGCGAGGAGGAGGUGUGGGAGUUCCUCAACGUGCUGGGCGUGUACGCGGGCCGCAGGCACCCGAUCGUCGGCGAGCCCAGGAAGUUCAUCACCCAAGACCUGGUGCGCCAGAAGUACCUGGAGUACCGCCACGUGCCGGGCAGCAAACCUCAGCGCUACGAGUUCCUGUGGGGCCUGAGAGCCCGCGCCCACACCAGCAAGAUGGAGGUGCUGCAGGUGCUGGCCAAGAUCAACGACACGGUGCCCAGCUGCUUCCCCCAGCUGUACCGGGAGGCCCUGCUGGAAGACGCGGCGCGCGAGAGCUCCCCAGGCGCAGCCACGGUGGCCUCCGCUGGCGAGGCUGCGGGCCCUUCGGGAGCCGGGGAGCCGGCCCGGGCCCGGGUCGGCCGCGGCCGCCGAAUCUAGCGAGGCGGGUGGGGCGGCUGCUCCUCCUGCUCGGGGCCGGAGGGGGCCCUUGACCUUCCAGGUAGUGCAGAGUCCGGGGGCUGGAAGGAAGGAAGUAGAUCUAACAGUUAAGAAAUCUUCAGUUAAACAUUUUA